CAUUGCCCUAGCAUUCUCAAGGAGGUUGCAGUCCGUUCCUGUUCUCCGCGUGAUUGAAGUAUUCCGCCUGAAGGAGUUCCGCCAGAUGCAGGAAAAUCCGGCAGGUAGAUCGAGUAAUGUAUCGGUCGGUGCAUUCGAUAGUGUUAAUGUCAACACUCCUGAUAGCCAAGAAGUCAUUGAAACGCAAGUGUUCUCGCAUGCAAGCCCAAUGACCCCCGGAGGUCAGCAGGCCAAUCCUGUGAGCAGCACAGGUGUCAAGAAGAAGAGGGGUCGACCCAGAACAGGUGCGGGGACUCAAGACCUCAAGCACUCCAAAAAUGUCAUCAUUCAACUGGAGAUUCAGGCAGGAGGCGAUGAGUAUCCCAGGAUUACAUUUCAAGCACAGAGGCAGCGCAGGCGAAAAAGCAGCAACCCAAAGAAAGCAACAUGAUUCUGCCAGACUAGGCUUCAAUGGUAUCCCAGGACAGUGGAAAGCCAGACUAUAAGUUCCUGGAAGCUUUCCCGGAGCAUGCCUUGAACAAGGGCCUUACUCCAAAGUGCAGAAAUAGCAGCGCAGACUCUAGGCCACAGGCAGAAAGUUACCAAUGCAUAGAAGUCUCUCCCCUGUUGUAGUAGACCAAUGUACAGCUUAACAUGGGGUGCUUUUCAGGUUCCACCAGUGGCCAGUCCAGACCUCAUGUACGAUAUCUUCAGUACCUUAUCCUGUUUUGAGGCUGCUCACCAUUGAGUUAUUGCUGAGUGAAGGGUAGCAGAAACCUUUGGACAGCCUGGCAGCGAUUCAAUAUCACAAAGAUUCCAUGCUGAUGCUUGAUCCAAAUAUUCUGGUGCCAGCAGCAUGUCAGUCUAAAUUUGGAUUGGUGAUGCUCCUGCAGUGUGAACCCUCGAUAAGCGCACUACAAAGUGCUUUUAGGUGCCAGCGUGCUAAGCAAGGCAUGGGAUUGAAUGACUGCUAACAUUGGAAUGAAUAUCUCUUGCCAGACGCUGCACAUUGAGUUAUAUGCUAAGCAUGAUCAACUCCACUAGGCUUAAUGUCCUUUCAUGACUACCCAUUUCUAAUGUUCGCAACUACAUAGAGGCAAUUGUUUCCGAGUAACAAUUCACCAUCAAAGAAUAUAGGGCUACAGACUACCCACAAAAUAUCUGUUGUAAAGCUGUGGCAUC